GGAAUUCAGAAGUUUCCAUAACAUAUCAUGAUUGUACUCAUGCUUUCGGCAUAUUCCUUGCUAUUUUGUUCAGCUUCAGCUCGUGAGCGAGUGGCAUCAUCUGGAGGAAGAAUCGCUCAUGGAUUCAAGGCAAAAGAAGGGAGGUUCCCCUUUGUUGUUGCCAUAAUGUACAAGCAUGAUCAGUAUUUCUGUGCCGGAACAAUCAUAACACCGAAAUUCGUAUUGACAGCUGCGCAUUGCGAUACUCGAAAUGGACCUUUUAGUGUUGUCGCAGGAUCAAAUUAUUUUCCGGAUUUCGAAUAUAGAAGACAGGUCAAGAAUUUUUUCCCUCAUCCAAAAUAUAUCUACUUUAUCCGCGUUCGCUAUGACGUGGCGAUUAUCGAACUGGAGCGUGAACUUCCAAUGAUACCGAGGCAGGUCAUGUUCGCCAAACUUCCUGAAUACUCCACUGAGGUACCCGAUGAUUAUGGAACUGUAGCGGGGUGGGGUGUUACUAAAGAGGGAUUUACCGAACCCAGCCCGUUCCUGUUGGCAGUUUGUUUGAAAAAAGUGGAAUGCAAAGCUGCGAAGGAAUUCUUCUGUCUGGCUAACCCUGGCGGAAACCAAGAUUCUUGCGCUGGCGAUUCUGGAGGACCUUUUCUGAUCAAUAGAACAGUGUAUGGUGUGGUUUCGUUUGGAGUUACGGAUUGUGGUACAGGCACUCCUGGACGAUAUAUGAAGGUACCAUUGGUCGUGGAAUGGAUAAGGGAAACAGCAGGAAUACCUGAGAGCCCUAAAUCUCCAUCUUGUGAAGCCUUUGAAGGUCGCAGAAAUUUAUGAUAGGUUUAGAUAGACUUCGUAAGAACC